CACUAACUUUAUUACAAAAGGUCAGUGUAAGAAUCAAAAUUAAUAUUUAACGUCCUCAAGUCUAGGAGACGGUACAAGAUUUUAAAGCCUACCAUUACAUUUUGUGAUUUUUUUCCGAUAUGGUGACAUCCCGACCGGGUCCUAUCCGUAAUUUUUCAAGAUUCGCGACGGAUCUAAAUUAUGUUGGUUCAAAAUUCGUCGUCGAAGUCCAAUGUGCGUGAAUAUGGAAUAUCUUGGACCUUGGUCGAUUUUUUUUCUAAUUUGAUUAAAAAAUGGUUGAACGCGACUGCAAUUCAUCGAUGGAAUAUCAAAUAACUAUAAUAUGACAGACAAACCACUGAUGUAAAUCAUAGAUAACAUAGAUGAUCAGAUACUCUACAGAUGAAAUAAAUUCCACUUCCACGUGUAUACGGUACAAUUACUGUACAGUGUAUAAUACAGUAGUACGUUUUGAACGAGUAUUGUGUACUUGUGUUUAAAUGAAGUUAAAUCAAGAGUAUUGGGUAUCAGAACUACCCAAACCACUUACUCGUAUUCCUAUUACAGAAUUAGCAAUUCCAGGAUCUCAUGAUUCAUUUUCGUACACCAUCACACCGCAUAGCAAAUUAGGGCCAGAUGCAUCAAGACUUGUAAAAUAUUUAAACUGCCUAUUAGGACCUGCCAUGCGACGAUUUGUCUAUAAAUGGUCUAUUACUCAAACAUGUAAUAUUCAAACUCAACUACAUCUUGGAAUAAGGUAUUUCGAUUUAAGGAUGGCAACUAAACCAAAUGAUAGCAAUUUUUACACAGUUCAUGCACUUUAUGGUGAUCCAGUUAUGAAAGAGUUGGUGAAUAUUAAGGAGUUUUUGGUGACACAUAAUAAAGAAAUUCUUGUAUUGGAUUUUCAACACUUUUAUAAUUUCUCAGAAGCUGAUCACAAACGAUUAUCCUCCGUUUUGAAAUUACUAUUUCAUAGUAUGAUUUGUCCUUAUUAUUAUCCAAUUGAAAAGCUUGACUUGGAUACAAUGAGAGCAAAUAAUUGGCAGGUGAUUAUUAUUUAUAGACAUUCUCAAAAUGACAUAUUUUGGCCAUCUUCACAUUGGCCAACACCAUGGCCACAAACCACAUCUUAUAAAAAAUUAAUAGGAUUCUUAGAAUGUGGUCUCAAAGAAAGAAAACAAAAUGCAGGAUAUGUAACUCAGUGUCUAUUUACUCCAGAUGUAAAGUUUAUAAUGAGAUAUUUUUAUUUAAAUCUUCAAAGUUGUUGUCGUCCAUUAAAUGUUGCAAUACCUAAAUGGAUAAAUAAUCAAAAAACAGGUUAUGAGCAUGGUGUAAACGUCAUAAUUGCAGACUUUAUUAACACAAAUGGAUUUAAUUUUUGUGAUAUUGUUGUCCACCUGAACUAUAAAUGUUUGAAAACUUUAAAAAAUACGCCUGGUUUUGUAUAGAACAAUUGUUUAUACUUAUUUUAUACAUUAGAUAAUAUUUUUUUUUAUUAUGUGCUUACUCAGUCUUGCGAAAACUUUAUUUAAUUAACUUAUUAUAAUUACAUUGGAAAUAUCAUUACAGAAUAAAUUUAAAUGACUA